CCGACACUGCCUACUUGUUGAUGAAAAGAGCCUACGAGAUAGGUUGCAACUUUUUUGAUAAUGCAGAAAAUUAUGCUGCAGGUGAAGCAGAAAAGAUCAUGGGAUAUGCUUUUCAACGAGGUGUUCAAGAAGGAAUUUGGUCAAGAGAAGACUUGGUUUUCAGUACAAAGAUAUUUUUUGGUUCCAAAGGAGAGUUGGAUUCCGUCAACUCAAAGGGUCUCACUAGAAAGCACGUUAUAGAAGGACUUGGAGCAUCUCUUCGAAGAAUGGGUUUUGAAUAUGUGGAUAUUGUCUUUUGUCAUAGGCCUGAUCCACUGACUCCCAUCGAAGAAACUGUUCGUGCUUUGAAUUAUGUGAUCGAACAAGGAAUGGCGUUUUAUUGGGGAACGAGCGAAUGGUCAGCUCAAGAGAUUACUGAAGCGUGCAGAGUUGCUGACCUUUACAACCUCAUAAGACCAAUAGCAGAACAACCCCAGUAUAAUAUGUUUCAUCGAAGACGUGUAGAAAUUGAAUAUCAACCGCUUUAUCGAGAUUAUGGCUUAGGAACUACGGUUUGGUCUCCUCUUUCUUGGGGUAUUUUAACUGGAAAAUAUAGUGGAAAAAUAGUCCCUGCUGGUUCUCGUCUUUCCUUGGAGAAAUACAAAUUUUUUCAUUCGAGAGCUUUUAGUGAGCGAAUCUGGCAAUUGGAAAAGACUGAUGCGUUGAAACCAUUGGCACAAGAACUAGGUUGUUCUGUUGCUCAGUUGGCACUUGCGUGGUGUGCCUGUAAUCCUAGUGUUUCCACAGUCAUUACUGGAGCCACUAAAGUAGAACAAGUGGAAGAGAAUUUUCAUUCCAUUUAUAUCAUUCCAAAGCUCAAUUCCAACUACCUUAAGAGAAUUGAUGAGAUUAUUGGAACCAAGCCUGAACCAAGUGCAGAAACCAAAGCAGCCAGAAAAGUCCGUGGAAUGGAACGUUGAGAUGUUUUCUUUCAUUAUAGA